AUGGCCGUCUCAACACCCAAACAGGGACUCUCCAUCCGCCCCGCCACGCCCGCCGACGUCCCCGUCCUCCUGCCGCUCAUCCGCUCCGCGUACCGCGGCGAAUUCUCCCGCAAGGGGUGGACGACGGAGGCGGACCUCCUCGCGGACCAGCGCAUCGACGAAGCCGGGCUCCUCGCCAAGAUCACGGAGCCCGAGGGCGUGGUCCUCCUCGUCGUGGACCCGUCCGCCCCGGCCACGGCGCUGUCGUGCUGCGAGGUCGCGCGCAGCAAAAAGGACCCCGCGGUGGCGUACUUUGGCCUCUUCGCCGUGGACCCGGAGAGGCAGGCCGGCGGGGUGGGCAGGGCCGUGCUGGCGCACGCCGAGGCCUUUGCGGCGGCGCGGUGGGGGGUUGUGCGGAUGGAGAUCGGAGCUGAUUGCGUGGUACCAGCGGAGGGGUACGGCAAGACGGGGGAGAGGAGGGAGUUUCCCUACAAGGAGCUCGUCGACGGCAAGGCGCUGAGGGACGAUUUGUGGUUCGAGGUCCUGGAGAAGGAGUUGUAA